AUGUACAGAAUUGUUAUUCUUGCUGCUAUUGUCGCAGUAGCCUGCGCUAAACCCGCUCACCAGGGAGUCUCCCUCAGCCAAGAUACUCUUGGUAACUACAACCUGAAGUUCAAUACCGAUGAUGUUGACCGUGAUGAACAAGGCUUCCAAGGUGGUAAAGUAGUUGGUUCCUACAGCUACACUGACAAAGAAGGUCAACACCACAAAGUGAACUAUGUUGCUUCUCCCAAUGGUGGUUUUGUUGCUUCUGGAGAUGUCCCACAACAGGUCCAGGAAACCCCAGAGGUUGCUGCUGCUCGCCGUGUGCAUUUGGCUACAGUAGAGAAGGAGCGUGCUUCUCUUCCUCCACUCAGGGAAGAACCUUACCAUGAGGUCCAUGAGGUUGUCUAUGUGCCAACUCUGCCUGUUCAUCAUAGUGUGCAUGAGAGCAGAUAUGUUGAUAACACCGCUGAGUUGGAAGCUGCCAGGGCUGAGCACUUCGCUGCCCAUAAGCAUGCUCUGGACAACCUUGCCCAGGAAUACAGACGCUUGGCUUCUUUCUAA